UACAAGGACAGGCGAAGUCUUCCGUACUUUCAAUGUCUACAGAACAGUCUUCGUUGUCCUCGGAUUUCUGGCUUGGGGAUUUCCAAUAUCUUGCUGAGCCCCUGCUGUGUGGCUUACUGCCGAUUGCCAGCAGUUUGCAAAAGACGACUACACGUAAAAGGCCAGUAAGGAGGCAAUAGAAUGCUGAAUAGGGAGAUUCCCUCACAUAACCUUCUCCCCGACCUGGUCCCGCUUCAACUAGAGCCACAUCCACGGUUGUAUAUUUGACAUUAUCGACAACUCUGCAUUUGUUAUGCGAAGUAACCGAAACGGUUCUGGACUGCUAUCUGUUAUUCCUACUUAUCGAGGCGAAUCGUCUUACGGAGCAAGAAUUUCACGUGCAGCAAGAAAACUAGAGCUGGCUUUCCUACUUCUCAUCCACCGCGUUGCGUCAUUGAGGUAUGCGAGUCGUAGUCACUUGGUUCGCGUAUUCUCAAAUCCAGAAGUAGCCAGCUCAUUGUCCCCGGCCCUCUCGAGUGGUUUGCCACUUAAGUACCGGAAUGCCGGAUCUACUGGAGAAUACGAUCUUUUCAGGCGACGCACGGUGACGUCUACUCUCUAGCGGAAUCUUCUAGUCAACUUGAGAGCUUCAGUGGUCAUACCAGACGAGACGAGCAUGUAUAGCUUCAAUGAGAAUUUUCGACUUACCAAUACGGUACGAAUGCUGC